GGAGGUAGUGUUGUCACACCACCGCAAUCAUGGCAACAGCGCUGCAACAGCCUGUCAAGGCCUCGUCAGGUCCAGAGGAUGACCUGACAGACGAGCAGAUUGAGCAAGAGCUUGCAGCCGCCACAGCCCGACUGCAAGCACAGGCGAAAGACAUGCAGCUAAUUCAGCAGAACGAGUCCAAAGGCAUCACCUUUCCGAAGCUCGAAACUGGAGAUCUUCCGAAGCCUUACGUCUCCACGAACCGCCAUGUCGCGACGAUCGACUCUUUGCGUCUCGUCGAGGAGAAGUAUCGCAGCCAACAGAUUCGCAAAGUCGAGGAUCCAGUUGUCGCAAAAAAGACUGCAGAAGAGAAAAAGAAAGCCACUGCUGGAAGCAACUGGUACAACCUGCCGAAGACCGAGCUUACGCCCGAACUCAAACGCGACCUUCAGCUUAUCAAAAUGCGAAAUGUGCUUGAUCCGCAUCGUCAUUACAAGAAAGAGAAUGGCAAGAUGAAGGCACCAGAGUACAGUCAGGUUGGUACCAUCAAAGAGGGUGCGACAGAGUUCUUCAGUGGCCGCAUUGAGAACAAGAAGCGCAAGAGGACCUUCGCAGAAGAAGUGCUUGCCGGCGAACACGAGACUGGUCGUUUCAAGAACAAGUACGGCCAGAUCCAAGACAAGAAGACGAAUGGCAAGAAGGCAUUCUACAAGGCACUAAAAGAGAAGCGCAAGGCUGGCGUCAAGAAAGGUUCUGGAUGAGACAGCAAUGUCCACUGUGUGCUGUCUAUCCUUGGCGUUCACGCUCUACGCCGAGAGAAGCCUGGCGCUAUGCUCAUCUACAAUGCCCUCAUGGCAGCUUCACAACUGCGUGACAAUACGCAGCACGAGGUUUUGCAUGUCCAAAGCCGCUUCUCGGC